AUAAGGUUAUAGUGCUGUGCGCGCGCUUUGCUCCCCCUCCCCGGCCCUGGUGCGCAUGCGCCUUGAAGCUUACGGGAGGGGGGAGGAGGCUGACAUACACUGGGAUCCGUAUCCGUAGCUGGGAAGAAGGAGCAGCCAGGGAACUGUACAUCGAGCCGGGUAACCCGGCGGAUACGGGGGUCAGUUUGGAGAAAAAUACCCUAAAAGGCGCUGGGCUAGAAGCAGCCUCGCUCUUCUGCAGGCACCAUGGUCAUGGCCUAUUUUCUGGAGAACUUUUGGGGGGAGAAGAACAGUGGCUUUGAUGUACUGUAUCAUAAUAUGAAACAUGGCCAGAUAUCCACAAAAGAGCUGUCUGACUUCAUAAGGGAAAGAUCAACAAUAGAAGAGGUGUAUUCACGUUCAAUGACCAAACUUGCCAAGUCUGCAAGCAAUUACACACAGCUCGGGACUUUUGGGCCAGUCUGGGAUGUUUUCAAAACUUCAACAGAAAAAUUGGCUGGGUGUCACCUUGAACUUGUUAAAAAGCUACAAGAUCUCAUUAAAGAAGUUCAGAAAUAUGGGGAAGAGCAGCUUAAAGCUCAUAAAAAGACUAAAGAGGAAGUAUCUGGAACCUUAGAGGCUGUGCAAAACAUCCAGAGUAUUUCACAAGCGCUGCAGAAAGCCAAGGAUCUUUAUAAUGCAAAAUGCUUGGAGCAAGAGAAAUUAAAAAAAGAGGGGGCAGCAGCAAAAGAAAUAGAAAAGGCAGCUAUCAAAACGAAAAAAGCAACAGAAAGUUAUAAGCUCUGUGUUGAGAAAUAUGCUGCUGCUAAACAGGAUUUUGAGCAAAAGAUGGCUGACACAGCCCAGAAAUUCCAGGAUAUUGAAGAAGCUCAUCUCAUCCGUGUAAAAGAAAUCAUUGAGACUUACUCGCAUUCUGUUAGUGAAGUACACAUCCAGAUUGGUCAGGUUCACGAAGACUUCAUAAAUAACAUGGCAAACAUCACCGUGGAUAGCCUAUUACUAAAGUUUGCAGAGUCUAAAGGAACUGGGAAAGAAAGGCCAGGUCCCAUUGAAUUUGAAGAAUGUAACGCAGCAGUGGCGGUGGAAGGUGUAAAGCAGAGAAAACGGAAAACCUUUGGUCUGCCAGCAAUAAUCAAAAAGGAAAAAGAUACAGAGUCUGUGGAAAAUGCAGAUGCAGAUUCUAUUAACCUCCCUGCAGUUGAUGAAGAGGGAUAUAGUAUUAAACCAGAAGAAAUCCAGAAUUAUACCAAAGAAAACCAUUUCUACUCGUCAAGUGAUUCUGAAUCUGAAGAAGAUGGGCCAAAGAAAUUCCAUGUGGAGAUCAAGCCUGUGCAGCCAAACAAUGGGGCGCAUAACACUAUGGCCUCUCUGGAUGAGCUUAAAGUGUCCAUAGGGAAUAUUUCCCUCUCUCCAGCUGUGUCGAGACAAAGUCCGGCACAGAUGAACAGGAUCUCAUCAAGUGAAGAUAUGAAUAGGACUAAGCUGCCAGGACAACCAGAGAGAGUUCGCAGCGAUCUUCUUGCUUGGGAUCCAUUGUUUGGCUCAUCACAUGAGUCGUCUCCCAUUUCCUCCUCAAGCUCCACAGCUGCAGAAAAAGAGCAGUUGGGGAGUUUUCCCUUCCCCUCCACAGGUUCAGCCUUUCCAUUUGAUGACAUACCAGGUUGUGAUUCUGGAAAUGUAUCCCAUAUAGACUUUGGCAACAGCCUCUUUGAUACCCUUGGCCCAAUAAAUGCACGUGUAGAGACCACACAACCCUCCUCUUCACAGCCUCAAAAGCACUGGACCUCUCUAUAUGGGAUUUUCAAGCAGAAUACAGGGAACCUCCGGAAACUCCAGAGAUUUCAUAGCCUUUUUGACAAAGCUGACAAUGUGCCGUAUUAUGUAUCGGAAAGAGCUCAGAAGGCUAGUGCUGUGGCAGCUGCUAGUGACUUGGCUAACAUUAACUAUUGGUCAGAUAAUGUGUUCACUGAUGAAAGUUCUAGUUCUUUGGAGAAGUCUUCAGUAUCUUCAUCUUCCAGCUGUAGCCCAUUCUCUCCUGUUCCUAAGCACAAUGUGUCCCCUCCUGCAAGGCCGACUACACCUCUUUCAGUUGGCAGCAUUGGCCCACCACCUCGACCUGCUUCACGCCCAAAGCUUUCUGCGGCGAAACUCUGUGGAAUUAAUGAAGUACCACGGCCAUUCAGCCCUCCAUUAACGUCGAACACUAGUCCAACUCCCUCAGCCUCUUUGCCUCGUGCCGAAAGCUCCUCCUCAAUAUCAUCUUCCGCUUCUAUAAGUGCAGCAAAUACUCCCACUUUUGGCAUAUCCCGGGGCCCCAGCCCAGUCAUCCUUGGGAACCAAGACACAUUGCCAGUUGCUGUUGCUCUUUCAGAGUCUGUGAAUGCCUACUUCAGAGGAGCAGAUCCCACAAAAUGCAUUGUGAAGAUAACUGGGGAAAUGACAGUAUCUUUUCCAAGUGGGAUCAUUAAGGUUUUCACAAGCAACCCAUCUCCAGCUGUUUUGUGCUUCAAGUUGAAAAACACCAGCAGACUGGAGCAGAUCCUACCAAAUAAUCAGCUUCUAUACAGCGAUCCAUCUCAGAGCGACAACAAUUGCAAAGAUUUCUGGAUGAACAUGCAAGCUGUCACUGCCUACCUCAAGAAAUCAUCAGAACAGAACCCAUCAGCUUCAUACUAUAACGUAGAUAUAUUAAAGUAUCAGGUUUCAUCAAAUGGAAUCCAGUCCACUCCUCUGAAUCUUGCCACCUAUUGGAAAUGUACCUCGAGUACGACCGACGUCCGGUUAGACUACAAGUACAACCCACAACUGAUGGCUACGCCCAGCACGUUGUCUAAUGUGCAAGUGUUGGUACCAGUUGAUGGUGGAGUAACAAGCAUGCAGUCCCUGCCCUCUGCAAUAUGGAAUGCAGAACAAAUGAAGGCCUUAUGGAAAAUUUCUGUAAUUUCAGAAAAAUCUGAAAAUGGAGGAGCUGGAUCACUUAGGGCAAAAUUUGACCUUUCCGAUGGACCGAGUAACCCGAGCACAGUUGCAGUGCAGUUUGUUAGUGAGGGAUGUACUCUCUCUGGAGUUGAUAUUGAGCUGGUAGGGACGGGAUAUCGUCUGUCUUUAGUCAAAAAGAGGUUUGGCACAGGAAAAUACAUGGCAGAAUGUUGAUUUUAUUCCCUGUGUGAUCACAUAUACGCAGAGCAGCCUUCCUGUUAACUUAUCGAAAACUCUUCCAUAUUGCUCUUUUAAUUAUAGAUAUAUAUAUUUUUAAUUUUUGACUUAUUUUAGAAGGUAUUUCUAUAUGGCUGCCAACUUUGGAACAUAAAAAAUGCACUUUUUUUUAAUGAGUCAUUUUGUUGAAAUAUCUACUACAUGAUGUAGCACUGAAAUUUUCUCCAAUCGUGGUUAAAAAUGCUGAUUUUUUUUUUUUAAUUAUGUUAUGGCAAUAUUUGUGCAUUUCUAUUAAGGCAUAACUUACAUAUACAGACCCAUGCUAUAUACAAAUGUAUACCACACGAGCACCUCUGUCAGUCCAUAGCCUUGUAUUUGUAUGGAACUGGUGCAACUGUCUUUUACAUUAUCUAAGUUAGUAAUGGACAACCCGUGCCCUCCAGAUGUUGAACUUUAUCUCCCAGGAUCCCAUCAGCAGACGACUUGAGAUUUGUAGUGAAGCAACAUCUAGAGGGCCACAGACUGCUCAUGCUUGAUCUAAUUGGUCAGUAUUUUAAUGGGGUUGAAAUUUGUAUCUAACAUUUGAUACAAUGUUAGAGGUCACAUCUGCAGCCAAGCCCUGCUGCAUUACCAAAUGCAGUAUCUGCAGCCAAUGGGAAAACCUGCAGGAGAGCCACUUGCAGUUCAGAAGGGAUGUUAAAUUAAUAGGCUACUAUUGUAACCCCCAGAGUCUAGCUAGAGGGCUUUGGUUUGCCAAACUCCAUUAUACCCCAAACAUCCUAUCAUAUCAUUACUCCAAGGAAUGCCGUGUUUGUAAUACUACAGUUACAAAGUGUCACAGAAAAAUAUAUUGGAAUAUAUAAGAAAACAAAUCCAAAAGACUCCCUCGGACGCAUUCAGCGUUCACUUUUAGCAUUUUAUAUAUUAUUUAUUUAUUAAAGAAAAUGUAGCUUUGCCAAAUAUAGCCUUCUGCCAAUAAGAAGCCCAAUGGCAUCGGUGGGAUUUUGUCACAUUGUCCAUUCGAGCUUGGCUUGUGCCACCCAGGUGUAGCCGUCACCUGGGAAUGUGUAGCCAUUUUGUUUGUUGAUAUUUGCACCAGUGCACAAUGUUGGGGGAGCUGAAUUGCCCUUUAGUGAUUAUUGGGGCUCAUAAUGCCAUUGUCUGUAAUGAGUGGAAGUGUCCUAAUCUGCAUAGAUAAUCUUAUUUUUUGCAAGAAAGCAAACCUCAGGCAUACAAAUUGUAUUCGGCCAACAGAGAGCUGCCAUAUUCCUUGAUUGACUCUGUCUUCUUUUUCCCCCAUUGUAUCAUCCGUUUAGUAUAGUGCGCAAGAAAUCCAAAACAUUUAUGGAUUAAUUCUAUAAGUCCCUAAAUGUAUUAAAUAAUU